AUGUGGUCAAAACUCACCUUCUUCACCCUCGCAAGCCUGGCCUCAGCCCAGGUGGUCAGCCAAACCACAUCCAACGGCAACCCCGUCCAAGUCACAGGUACAAGCUCCUCCGUGACCCUGCCAUUGUCGCUCCCAACGAGCUUCAUCUCGACUCUGAGUAACCACAUUCCAGGAACCGCAUCGACCGGCGUGGGAUGCACAACCAUCACAAUGCAAGGUCAGCCCGUGUUUACCAUCCAAACCGACACUUCUACCCAAUCUGGAUGCACAUACACGGUCUUUGCUGGAUCUGGGAGUGCAACAUCUAACACUAGCAUCGUCUUCCCGACUUUCUCGUCUCUGCCAGUGCCCGUGGCUCCGGGACCAGUGAUUAUCGCCAAUUCGACGAUGAACGGUACUUCUGGCGUGGCGUCAUCGACUGGUGGAAGGACGACUACGAGUUCUGGUGGUGCCGUGGUUGGUGGAGGUGGAUCGACGAGCACGGCGGCGUCUGGGACUUCGUCUGGUGCUGGUGGUGCCAGUUCGACUUCGACGCGUGCUUCGACUUCUGCUCAAUCAAGCGGUCCUGCCAAUGCCAAUGCGCCCUUGACAGGUGAGGGACUUGGGCUCGCUGUUGUCGCUGGCAUCUUCAUGAUGCUCUAA